UUCAUCGGUCGUUGAACUGUGCAACAAGCGAGAAUCCAUGGUUGCGACCCGACGCUCGACGAGAUCCCAAGGAACGGCGACCCCAGCUGCAUCACCUGCGACGCCACCCGCGCCAGCUCCUAAACGGCAGACUCGCGGCAAAGCCAAAGCAGCGUCGCCUACAAGAGACGAAUCACCUUCCAAAUCACCGAAUGCAAGCUCAAUCGACAGUCAUGGAGACGAGGUGACGCCGUCCAAGCGACGAAUCACACCUGCGACCAAGCGAGCAUCGCCUGCGACGCGCAAGAAGUCUGUCACACCUGUGAAGGAGGUGGUGACAACACCGGUGAAAGAGAACGAAUCCAAAGGAAACGCGGAGGUAGCAUCUACCUCCAAGAGUGCCGGCUCCGACGCAGACAAAUUGGAGGAAACUACUGAAGUGGUGACGACUCCGGCGAAAGAGUUGCCCAAGGAGUUUCCUGUCAACACGGCGGCUCUCACGGAAACGCCAGCCACAUCCGUCAUGACGAGCUCGCCAACUCCAGAGGCAUCACAGGAAGCCGAAGUUGCAGUGGCCACACCGACGAAAGAAUCACCCAAGGAUUCUCCUGUCAACACGUCGGCUCUCACGGAAACGCCGGCCACACCCGUCAUGACGAGCUCGCCGACUCCAGAAGCAUCAAAGGAAGCCACUGUAGCAAUGGCGACACCGACGAAAGUGUUGCGAAAGCAAUCUCCAGUCAAGAAGGCAACGCCCUCGAAAGUCACACCCGCCAUGUCGAGCUUGGCGACGCCAGACAAAGUCACACCGAGAGAAGAGGUCAGCUCUCCACCGAAGGCCGCUACUCUUUCGGAAACUGAUACUGAUGUAAAUGGCAUCGCGGAUGCUGAAGACGACGAUGACGUCGAGGCCAUGGUAAACUUGGCGCUGUCCAGCUUUGCUGGUCCUGCGAAUCCCUCCUGUUCCGUCGUCAAUGCCGAAGCCCCCAUGAAAAAGGUCGUGUCCAACAGGCUGGACAGUGGCGUCGCGACCCGUGACUUGUACAUGACGUUUAACGGCAACAAAGCAGCCAAUGGCGCACAAUUGGCAUCCGAACGCAAAAUCGUCGAAGAGUUGAAGCAAUUUGCCAAGACCCAAAAGGUGGCAGCUAUCCAAGAAGUCGCCAACUCCAAGGCCCACGCGACGAAGACGGAGUCGGGCAAGAACCAAACAAGCUCCAAGUGGUUCAACAUGGUGUCGAACGAACUGACUGCUGAAGCGAAGCGCGACAUUCAACUGAUCAAGAUGAGGAAUUACCUCGACCCGAAGCGCUUUUACAAGUCGAGCGACCUGCGCAAGUCGGCCAUGCCCAAGGUGUUCCAGGUCGGCACGGUCAUCGAAGGCGCGGCCGAGUUCAAAUCGGCGCGAUUGAGUCGCAAGCAACGCCAUCAAACGUUUACGGAAGAGAUCUUGCACGACAAGCAGAUCGGGAGCUACACCAAGCGAAAGUACGGAGACAUCCAAGCGUCCAAGGCGAACCACGGCAAGAACAAGUUCAAGAAGGCCAAGCACCAGGCCAACCGAAAGUAGUCGUCGUGCCGCCGACCGCAAUCGAGUUUAUUUAACGAUUUGUUGGCGGACCUGUGGUCUGACAAAAAUAUUUCUGUUUUUGGUGUAUUUUGUAUAUAUUUUCACCUCG